AUGGGUGCACCCCCACCCAAGGCCAAGUGGCCGUGGGUCCAGCUUCAGAAACUUCUGACCUCCUGGCUCAUCAGAGAUGGCGACUGGGACCAGCUCCUGGACGAGGCCCACAUGCGGCAACAGAAGAGGAUCGGGGAGUGUCCAUUGCUUCAGGCCGCCAAGGUCAACGACAUGUGUACCCUGAAGGAGUUGCGGCUGGAUGGCAUCUGUGACUUCAAACAGAGAGGAGCCCUGGGGGAAACAGCACUGCACGUGGCUGCCCUCUAUGACAACCUGGAAGCCUGCCUGCUGCUGAUGGAGGCUGCCCCCGAGUUGGUCCGGGAGCCCAUGGUAUCCGAGCUGUAUGAGGGUCAGACUGCGCUGCACAUCGCUGUUGUGAACCAGAAUGUGAACUUGGUACGAGCUUUGCUCGCGCAUGGGGCCAGCGUCUCAGCGAGAGCCACAGGGGCUGCCUUCCGCCGCAGCCCCCACAACCUCAUCUACUUUGGGGAGCACCCGCUGUCCUUUGCCGCCUGCGUGGGCAGUGAGGAGAUUGUGCGGCUGCUCAUUGAGCACGGAGCUGACAUCCGCGCCCAGGACGCCCUGGGAAACACCGUGCUGCACAUCCUCACCCUCCAGCCCAACAAGACCUUCGCCUGCCAGAUGUACAACCUGCUGCUGUCCUAUGAUGGACGUGGGGGUGACUCCCUGCAGUCACUGGACCUCAUGCCCAACCACCAGGGCCUCACCCCCUUCAAGCUGGCCGGUGUGGAGGGCAACACUGUGAUGUUCCAGCACCUGAUGCAGCGGCGGAAGCACAUCCAGUGGACUUAUGGGCCUCUGACCUCCACCCUCUACGACCUCACUGAGAUCGACUCAUGGGGAGAGGAGCGGUCCUUUCUGGAGCUUGUGGUGUCCUCCAAGAAGCGUGAGGCACGCCAGAUCCUGGACCAAACGCCUGUAAAGGAGCUGGUGAGUCUCAAGUGGAAGCGGUACGGAAGGCCGUACUUCUGUGCGCUGAGCGCCGUCUACCUGCUCUACAUCGUCUGCUUCACCAUGUGCUGCGUCUACCGCCCCCUCAAGUCUCGUGGAGGCAACCGCACACAUUCUCGCGAUAUUACCAUCCUCCAACAGAAACUACUGCAGGAAGCCUAUGUGACUUACCAGGAUAGCAUCCGAUUGGUGGGAGAGCUGGUGUCUGUCUUGGGGGCUGUGCUCAUCCUGUUUGUAGAGAUCCCGGACAUCUUCAGGGUUGGGGCCACUCGCUAUUUUGGGCAGACCAUCCUUGGGGGGCCAUUCCAUGUCAUCAUCAUCACCUACGCCUGCAUGGUGCUGGUCACCAUGGUCCUACGGCUCACCAAUUCCAACGGGGAGGUGGUGCCCAUGUCCUUCGCCCUGGUACUGGGCUGGUGCAGUGUCAUGUACUUCGCCCGAGGAUUCCAGAUGCUGGGUCCCUUCACCAUCAUGAUCCAGAAGAUGAUCUUUGGAGACCUGCUGCGGUUCUGCUGGCUCAUGGCUGUGGUCAUCCUGGGCUUUGCCUCUGCGUUCUAUAUCAUCUUCCAGACGGAGGACCCAACCAACCUGGGGCAUUUCUAUGACUACCCCAUGGCUCUGUUCAGUACCUUUGAGCUCUUCCUCACCGUCAUUGAUGGACCCGCCAACUAUGAUGUGAACCUGCCCUUCAUGUUCAGUGUGGUUUACUGUGCCUUCGCCAUCAUCGCCACACUACUCAUGCUCAAUUUGUUCAUCGCCAUGAUGGGUGACACUCACUGGAGGGUGGCCCAUGAGCGGGAUGAGCUGUGGAGGGCCCAGGUGGUGGCCACCACGGUGAUGCUGGAACGGAAGCUGCCUCGCUGUCUGUGGCCUCACUCUGGCAUCUGUGGGCGCGAGUACGGACUGGGGGACCGCUGGUACCUGCGGGUGGAGACUCACCAUGACCAGAACCCUCUGCGAAUGCUUCGUUAUGUGGAAGCCUUCAAGUGCCCUGACAAGGAGGAUGGACAAGAGCAGCUUUCUGAGGAACUGCCCUCUGUGGUUGAGAGUGGGACUCUGGCCAGAGCCUCGCUGGCCCUACCCACGCCCUCUCUGUCCCGGACCACGUCCCAUAGCAGCAGUAACCGAGGUUGGGAUAUCCUUCGUCGCAACACCCUGGGACAUGUGAACCUGGGCUUGGAAUUGAGUGAGAGGGAUGGAGAGGAGAGAGUCUACCAUAUAUGA